AUGCAAAGUAGCAAGAGUGAGUUAAGUAAGAAUUAUUCAGUUGAGUCAAUUGUCGCUGAUGACAGUAGAUGUGAUCAAGCCGAGGAUAAAGAUACAUCGCAAAGUCCAUCAUACGGUAACCAUGGUCCAUUUUGUGGUUGUUAUUCAUGCAACAGAAACUUUCGAGUAGGAUUUAAUAGGUCAUCUGAUGAUUUAUCGGUUCUACCAGCUGAAUCAGUGAAUAGCAAUUUGGUUACUGCAACCAACUGUAUUUUGCAAGAUGUACAGGUUCAUUUGGUUAAUCGAGAGAUGUGGCAUGCUUUUUCAAACCUUGGAACUGAAAUGAUCAUUACAAGGAUCGGAAGGCGUCUAUUUCCAACGUUAGAAAUUAGUCUAAGUGGUCUUGAUUCAGAUGGUAGAUAUAUUAUUAAGGCUGAUAUAACAGCGGCUGAUAACCAUCGCUACAAAUAUAUACCAGCAUCGGGAUGGGUACCAGUACAAAAUGGCAAUCAUGCAGUGAUUACAUCUCACAAUAGUAAUGUCUCCUUUGGAACUUAUGAGCACCCUGAUUCACCAAAUACGGGGAAAUUUUGGAUGAAGGCCAAUAGCAUUAGCUUUAAGAAAAUGAAAUUGAGUAAUGAUAAGAGCUGUAAGACGAAAGGAUGUAUUAUCUUGAACUCGAUGCGGAAAUAUCAGCCAAGAAUUCAUAUUAUGAGAAUUGACGCACCCAACUUAGGAUCAAGAAUUGCCGUUUUCCCAGAGACUCGUUUCUUUGCAGUAACUUCUUACCAAAAUGUUCAAGUAACUAAACUGAAAAUUCAAAAUAAUCCGUUUGCCAAAGCAUUUCGUGAUAGUAAUUCGCAGUUGACGAGUUGUCAAUCAAUCAACAGUUAUACUACCAAUCAAUUGAGUAAAAACUUAUUAAGCUCUUUUCGUGAACAUAACAUAAAUAGUUAUCCAACAACUGGAUAUACUCCUGGAUACUCGAAUUCCUAUAGCCUAGAUGGUAAUCGAAACUUUAAUACCGUCAACAGGAAUAACCAUCACUUUGCAAUUUAUCCAGCGACUUCUUUAACGCCUCAAGUUACAAGAGUUUCAGAGCCAACACCAUAUUAUGCCGCAUCUACAUACAGUAACUUUCCUUCUUCGAACUCGAAUCCUUAUGUCGGGGCUGGUUUCACUUCAGAAUACCCUUACGAUUCGCCGUUAUGUAAUCAUCUUCCUGCUCAAUCAUCCGAUAGCAAUCGUAAUUUAAAUUUUCAACUUAUACCUAGUAGACCAGGCUAUCAUUCGUAUAAUGUUAAUCCCCCUAUAGCAUUGCCUUCUCCGGUAACAAGUAUGAAUUACAACAAAGAGAUGAGAUAG